AUGCAGAGGAAGAAAGCCAGUCCAUUCAGAUUUUUCAAUUGCAUUGUUGAGCAUCCUCAAUUUAUUCAAGAAGUAUAUCAAGCAUGGAGAACAAUUGGGAAAGAUGGGAAGCUACAGGGAGUAUGGAAUAAAUUAAAAAGAGUUAAGCAAGUUAUUAAAGGGCUUAACACUCAACACUACAAAGGUGUUGAGGACAGAAUCAAAAUAAUCAGAAAGGAGCUGCAGGAAGUGCAAGAGAAAAUGAGCAGCAGAUUGCUGAAUGUAGAACUAACUGAGGAAGAAAAGGAACUAAAGAGCAAAUUAGAGGAAUGGAUACUGAUAGAGGAAAGUAUCUAUAGACAAAGGUCAAGAGUGCAGUGGCUGAAGUUGGGUGAUACCAACUCUGCAUAUUUCAUUGCUCACAUGAAGAACAGGAACAAUUUGAAUGGUAUUCAUGCUCUCACAAAUGACCUUGGGGUACAUCUACAUAUGGAGGAGGAAAUAGAGUCAAAAAUACUUGGAUACUAUAAGCAAUUUCUAGGGUCAAAUGCUCGUGCAAUUCCAGCAAUAGAUCCAAAUGUAAUGCAAAGAGGGGCAGUGCUCAAAAGAGAACAACAAGUUAAACUGAUCCAACCUGUCACCAGACAAGAGAUAUAG